AUGUCUAUUGUCUCUAAGAUUGCGUCGCCUCCCCCUCGUAACACUGCCGUCAAGAUGAAGCCUGGUGCUACUACCAUUCAUCCUUCGAUUGGUCAUGCGCGGUCGACGUCUACACCGGUCUCCGUUUCUUCGUCGAUCUCGAAGAGACCCGUCGAUGUAGACAAGAAGGCGGCGCUGCCUGCAGGAGGAACUAAGUUGUCAACUCCUGGACUGUCGAAUCCGAAGGUCGCUGGCUCGCAUGUAGCGAAGGCUUCUGUUGGUUAUGUUUCUACCAUGAAACGUGCUUCUUCUCUUCCGAUUUAUUCCAAGAUGUCGCCUACUGCCCCAGUUUCUGUACCUCGUUCGCCUCCCUCCACCACUGCUCGAGCGUCCUUUGCAAAGCCGACCAAAGCUUCUGUGAACCGCACUUCCUUGCCUGGGGCUUUCGGUACUCCAGUGCGGCGCACUGCUAUUUGUCAGCCCAAGCCCGUUCGAGCGGGUAGCCCGCCGGCAAAGGUCUUGUCGAAAGCGGCUACUGCCUCGGACAAGGAGGAGGCGGUUGCGAAGGAUGAGGGUGCAGAACCUGUUGUUGUUGCAGUUGUGGAAGAAGAUGUUGGUGACAUUCAUAUUACUGUUGACGCUGUAGUGGAGAACACCGCUUCACCCACCGCUCUGAAGGCGAAGUCGCAGAAGGUCGACGGUCUGGAGACUGCGAAGUGUCGUCCUGUCUCCGUCGCCGCAAAGAAACCCCCACCUCCUUUCCCCAAGCGCAAGGUCGGCAAGGAGAACUACUUGACCGUUCCAGAGUGGACGUAUGGCUUUGAGACGCCCAAGGCUGUCACGACGAAGAAGAAGGUCAACGCGGAGAAGAAGCCUCCCAGAUCCGUCAAUGGUUCGCGCUUUGUCAAGCCCCUUCGAUCGCGUAGUGUCGCUCCCUCUCCUCCUGUCAAGGUGGAGGCGAAGCCUUCGCGCGCAUUCAAGCCGACAUUAGGCGGUCUGGCAGAGGAGGAGAGCCCUUCGGAGACCGGCAAGUCGGCGACGACGAUUAUGAAGACUUCGCCUCCCGUUCAUGCAGGAACGGUUUCUUCCCCCGCAAGACUCGUCACUAAGUCGCCGGCUGAGAAGCCUCUUCCAGCUGGGCCCCGUGUCACCGCGGGCUUGAUCGAAGACGUUCUUGCUCUGAACCGCUUGUUCUCCAAUGCUGCUUUUUCUGCUGACGAUGAGAAGCUUGGGCAGAAGGAUGACAAUGAUAUUGGUAAUGCAGGCGGGACCAUGGUCCCAGUGAAGCCCAUCGUGGUCGAUGGUGACAUCGGGAACGCAGUCCUGAAGGCCUUCGAACAUGCGCCCGUGUCGGCAAGCAUCAAAUCUGUACGCAAUGCUCGUCUUGUGCAGCCUUCUACGGUUGAGUAUAUCUCACCUGACCUCCUGGUGAAUGAGCAGAGCGCUGUCGUCGAGUAUUGGCCUCCGGUUGGUCACGAUGCUCCUGUGGCAGCACCGGUUCCAAUCGUUAAUGUUGCCUCCAAGGUCAACAAGGAUACCUCCUUUCCCGCGGUGUGGCGGCUGCACGAGCAGUCUAGUGAGCGCUUGAUGUCGAAGAUGAAGCGCAGUUAUGAUGGCCCUGUAAUGAUGGCGGAGGUUUUGGAGGAGAUUGCUGAGGAGGCGGAGGUGGAGUAUGAGCUUGAGGCGCAUGUGGGCACUGGUACCACGUCUCCCCCUGAAGCACGGUCCGCGCCAGCUGUUAAAGCCAUUGCUACCCCCCGCGCUGAACGCCGCUAUGGUAUGGUCUCACCCAGGACGUUGCAGAAGGCCGACUCCGAUGGUACACCGGCAGCCCUGCUCGCGCUCGCUUCGAAAAUGACUCCCACCUCCCGCGCUGAACGCCGCUAUGGUAUGGUCUCGCCUAAGCCAUUGCAGAAGAUCGGCUCCGAUUGUAUGCCCGAGGUACAAUUCAUCCCCGCUUUUCAAGCAACUGCCAUUUUCCGAGCUGAACACCGUUUUGGUGUGAUCUCACCCAAGGCUUGGCAGAAGACCGAUUCCGAACACAUGGAGGUUUCCGGCAUCCUCCCGACCCUCGAGGUGCAGAUUGACCCGUGUGCUACCUCGGGAAAGAUUCUUCCUGUUGAAGACGGGGUGUCCUAUGUCGUGCAGUCGUUCCUUGAGCCUGCCAUUAGAGCGCCUCAGAAGAUGGAGAAGCUCGGACCAAUGUCUUCCUGUCCACCACAGGCAGAUCUUCAUGCGUCGUUCACCGAGCCAUUCGCGGAGGACUACGAGGCGUCCCGCCCGAGCUGGGACGUGUCUUCUACUUCCUCUAGCUCUACUAGCUCUUCUUGCAGUUUCACUGGUCUGCGGUCGGCUUGGUCUGACUGGACUGUGGAUUCGCUGAGAAGCGGACACAAACGGAGGAGAGCCGAGGAAGGCAAUUGGGGCGGAGUACGAACUCGGGAUUAUGUAACGGAGGGACGCCGGCUUCCGAAAAAGCCCUACGCACCGACCGUUGAUUCUUUCGUGUACUCCACUUUCCCUCCUUCCUCGAUGCACAGGGUCGCCCUCAGAAACUCCCUCCGCGCAGCUGCGCUGGCCGCGCCCAGGAGCGCUGUUCGCGUUGCUCCUGCAGUCUCUCGCUCAUAUGCAACCGCGAAAGCUGCUGCGUCCGAGGUAUCUUCCAUUCUCGAGUCCCGCAUAGCUGGCUCGUCUGUGGGCGCGAAUGUUGAGGAGACUGGACGCGUUCUGAGUGUCGGUGACGGUAUCGCACGUGUCUGGGGUCUGAGAAACGUCCAGGCCGAGGAAAUGGUGGAAUUCUCUUCCGGCGUCCGCGGCAUGUGCCUGAAUUUGGAAGCCGACAACGUCGGUGUCUCCAUCUUUGGUAACGAUCGCGCUAUCAAGGAGGGCGACACGGUCAAGCGUACCGGCCAAAUUGUCGACGUUCCAGUUGGUCCCGAACUGCUGGGCCGUGUCGUCGACGCUCUCGGUAACCCCAUUGAUGGUAAGGGUCCCGUCAAGGCUACCCAGCGCAGCCGUGCCUCCCUCAAAGCCCCCGGUAUUUUGCCCCGUCGCUCGGUUAAUCAGCCCAUGAUGACCGGUAUCAAGCCCAUCGACGCUAUGGUCCCUAUCGGCCGUGGCCAGCGUGAGCUGAUCAUUGGUGACCGUCAGACUGGUAAGACUGCCGUCGCCAUCGACACCAUCCUCAACCAGAAGCGAUGGAACGAUGGCCAGGACGAGGACAAGAAGCUCUACUGUGUCUACGUCGCUAUCGGCCAGAAGCGUUCGACUGUCGCUCAGCUAGUUCAGACCCUGGAGGAGAACGAUGCUAUGAAAUACACUAUCAUCGUUGCUGCUACUGCUUCGGAGGCUGCUCCCCUCCAGUACCUCGCUCCUUUCUCUGGUUGUGCUAUGGGUGAAUGGUUCCGUGAUAACAGCAAGCACGCUCUCAUCAUUUAUGAUGACUUAUCUAAGCAGGCUGUUGCCUACCGUCAAAUGUCGCUACUUCUUCGCCGUCCCCCCGGUCGUGAGGCUUACCCUGGUGAUGUCUUCUACUUGCACUCCCGUCUCUUGGAGCGUGCUGCCAAGAUGAAUGAAAAGUUUGGUGGAGGAUCCCUUACCGCGCUGCCCAUUAUUGAGACCCAGGGUGGUGAUGUGUCGGCGUACAUUCCCACGAACGUUAUUUCCAUCACUGAUGGCCAGAUCUUCCUGGAAGCUGAGCUCUUCUUCCGUGGUGUUCGCCCCGCCAUCAACGUCGGUUUGUCAGUGUCUCGUGUCGGUUCGGCUGCCCAGACCAAGAUCAUGAAGAAGUUUGCCGGUUCGCUGAAGCUGUAUCUCGCGCAGUACCGUGAAGUCGCUGCCUUCGCUCAAUUUGGUUCUGAUCUCGACGCGUCGACGCGCUUCUUACUCUCUCGUGGUGCCCGUCUGACCGAGCUUCUGAAGCAAGGCCAGUACCAGCCCAUGGCGAUGGAGAUCCAGGUCCCCAUCAUCUACGCUGGCGUAAACGGUCUCCUUGACCCGAUCGCCGUCGACCAGAUCACCCGCUGGGAGGCUGAGUUCCGCUCGCACCUAACUGCGACGCAGGGCCCGCUCCUCCAGGAGAUCUCGGCUGGCCAGAUCACACCUGAGAUUGAGGCAAAGAUCAAGAAAGUUGUGGAGGACCACGUCUCCUCAUUCUCAUAG